UUACAAAUAUCCCACCACUAACCCCACACUAACGAAGGAAGCGUUUGGGAUCCAGUGUAACUGGCUCCAGACCCAAAGCAAGCUCCUCCCCUCCCCCAAAUCCCAACAUUACUAUUAAAUGCACAGAGGGAAAGUCUUUUUCGUGCUGUUGUCUCCCCCCUCCCUCUUUACAGUGAUCUCCGGUGCAACUGUUUCUCUUUGCUCUUCUCCAGAGGCUCUGCUCCUGGAAAGCACUAGCCCAUGCCCCUUUGCUUUGAGAACCCCAGCGAAGACGGAAAAGAGGCGAUCCUGUAGAUGAGCUCCUGACCCCUACCACACGAGGAGUAACAAACUCCAGUGCUUCAGACGGGGUGGGAAUCGCGCCUGCCCCGCAUAUGAUCAAUUCCUGCACUUUCCUCUCCUCGACAGCACCCAGUGUAGUAUUAAUUAUCUGUCUCCCGUUAAUUGCACACACCUCGCCCCGCAGCUGGUUGCACGGAGGAGCGCGGUGCGCGCACAGACGGAUGCCUCGGCCUAGCUCGCAGAGUUUCCUCUGUGGAAGUGCUUCCCUGGUGUGACACCUGUAUGGAGAAAAAAAUGGGGGAAGCUGUAGCCAGAGUUGCCAGAAAGGUGAAUGAAACAGUGGAGAAUGGAGCAGACUUCCUAGAUUUGGCUGACUGCAAGCUGAUGAUGUUCCCUAUUGGCAUUUACAAAGUCAUGAGGAAUGUCACUGAAGGGAUACAUCUCAUCACUCUAGCCAAUAAUGAACUCAAGUCUGUGACCAGCAAAUUCAUCACCACUUUCAGCCAGAUGAGAGAACUCAACCUGGAAGGGAAUUAUCUGCAUCGUCUGCCAGAAGAGAUGAGAACCCUGUUACAUCUGAAGGUCAUCAACCUGUCCAGGAACAAAUUCCGACACUUCCCCGAGCAGUUGACUGCCUUGAAGGCUCUUGAAACCAUCAACCUUGAAGAGAAUGAGAUUUCAGAUGUCCCCGUUGAGAAACUUUCUUCCAUGGAGUCGCUGCGGAGUGUAAACCUGAAAUCAAAUCCACUGAAUGAGGAGGUCCAGGUGAUUGCCAGGCCGCUGAUAAAAUUUGACCUAUUGGUGUCUCCAAAGGGAGCACAUGCUGCUUCGUAAGCCUGAAGCACUGGCUCGGGUGCCAUACAUUUGGUGUGACUUCAUUUGAACCUGGCUUUAAAGGGACAGCUAGGGGAUCAGAUUGUAGGGCAUGCUGAUUCAGAAUGGCUCCACCAGCUUUUGCAAGCUGCAUCAUUCCUGCAUGUGUGAGGUUUUGUAGAUGUGAAGAGUGGGACGGCGGAUUGUGGUGGUUUUUUUUGUUUUCAGAAUUGGUAUUUCAUUGAUAGAAAGAGGAUCUGCUUAUUGUGAAUUAUUUUCUGCUGUCUAAAAUGCACCACACACAGAAAUGCAGCAAAGUGCUAGAAAUUUGCUAUUUGAAAAAUGAAUAAAUCUGUGGGGAAAAAAAGAUUUAACUUUCAGGGCAACAGGAGGGAACGUGCAAUGCAGAAAUAGAUCAGAUAAGAGAGACAGUUUCCUGAGUGUAUUUUCUAUGCACUAGGCAAAACUAGAAAUAGUGUGAGAGUAGAGCUUUCUCUGGUAAGAAACAGAUCUGCUAGAAGAAUAAUAUUUUGCUUCAGCAAAGACGAGUGUAAUAGCCUACUCCAAGGAUGGCCAGCCCGUAACUUGGGAGCCAUAUGCGGCUCUUCUCCCCCAAAAGUGUGGCUUGCAAAGCUGCUCCUGCGCCCUCCCCAACAGCCUCUGCUUUCCCCCUCCCCUCGCCCCAGCUCCCCCAGGGCCCUGGCUCCCCUGUGUUCACUGGGGCAGCGAUUCAAAAUGGCACUCAAGAUGGUGGCCAUCACUGGGAGCCUGAUUUGGCAAAAAAAGCCCUAAACUUAUUUUUUAAAGGAGUAGCUUCUAUUUUUUGUUUGUUUGUUUGUUUGCUUAACAAUUCUGGUGCGGCUCUUUGCAUUUUUUCCACUGCUGUUUCAACUCUCUUUGUUAAAUGGGUUGGCCAUCCCUGGCCUACUCCAGUCGUGUAUCAGUCAGAGCCCUGCUAUUCAGCAUGAAACACAGUAUGGAGUAGAGGAGUGCUGGAGGGAGGCUAUGUCCCAUGAAUAACAGGAAGGCACUUUUUUACAGAGCCUUUCUGGUUCAGGAUUGAAAAUAUACUGGAUGGACUUUUCCUUUUCACUAAUUUGAUCUUGGUGGCUUACUGCUAAAAUCUCAGCCAGCUGUUUUAUGAAACAUGUUAAUUGGGCACCUCUAUGAGCAUCAAAACAAGCAUUACUAUACAGAGGUCCUCUUAGGAAAAAAUAUCCUUUCUACAUACAUCUCCUUUCCUUCUCUGGUUCUUCAUUCAGCAUUUGAUUCACACAGCAUAAUGAUCAACCCUCCCACUUUUUUGACAGAUUAGUUGAUUUUGUCCAUGAUAAAUAAUUUCUGUUCAGCCUCUUUGGACUUGUCUUCACUGCAAAGUUAACUCAAAUUAUAAUUUAAAUGUUGCCCUUCAUCCAAGUCCCAUCCACACAAAAAACUCUUUACAGAAGUGUGAUGGACAUUUAAGUCAAGUUGGCAGACCUGAGAGGGAAGGCAUAGACCAAUAGUCAAGCCAGUACAACUCAUCAGCUGCUAACAUGGCCACUCUGUAACAUAGACAUAGGCUAGCUCCACUUGAGUGCCAACAGUCCUCCAAUGCCUUCCCACAAUUCCUUUUCCUGUGACCUAAAAAAACAGAUAAAUUCUCUCAAUUUACUGGAAAAGAAUUCAUAGAAUGGCUUAUUUUACUACAUCACUAAGAACCAUGGAUUGUGUGCGUCUCCACAGUGUCACACUAAUGAGUGCAGCUCCAGAGUGGAUACCUGGGGUGGAGUAACUCAAAUGUAGAUAACUUGUUAUAUUCCUAGUGUAAUAUUAUUGAUUGGCAGUUUAUUGAUAUUAAGAUGUGAAGGAGUGAAGGAAUGUUCAAACCUGUUUGAAAACCUAUGGUUUCCAGCUCACUCCAGUAUGAACACAAUGAAACUUUACUAUGAAGUAAAGUAGAUGGUUGGUGUUGUAACAUUGGCCAAUUAGUAGAAGCAGUGGGAUGGAUUCCUAAAGCUCUGCUGACAAAAAGUAAUGUUCAUUUAAUAAGCAUGUGAACUAUCAAGUGCCAAAAUAAAUGUAUCAUUGUGCUACAUCUCUUGUAUGUUCACUUUCAAGUGAGCAGUUUUGUUGCUGCCAUCUGGCCUUGGGAUUAUAAAGAUGAUUUCUUUAAUCA